AUGAAAAGCAAUAAUAUUUUUGUAUCUUCUUUAUGCAUUUAUCCAGUAAAAUCUUGUCGAGGGAUUCCUCUUGCCCUUAUCUCACCAAGGAUUAAUGAAUUAAGUUCAGAGCUCAUACUUUCGGCUCCAGAAGUUCAAGAUUUACAUCUUCCACUUUUGCCAAAAAAAGAAUUUUGUAAAAAGUAUCAAACAAAUUUAUGGGGUGAUCAAGUUAUUGGAUAUUGUUGUGGUGAUGAACCCGACAAUUGGUUAUCAAAUUUUUUAAAAGUUUCAGUGGGAUUAUUGUUCAAAUCUAAUGAAGAUACAAGAAUUAUUAGAAAAAAUCUUCCAAAAGAAAUUGAUUUUCAACCUGAGACUGCAUUUGCUGAUUCAUAUCCAUUUUUAAUUAUGAGCGAAGAGUCAUUACAUGAUCUUAAUAAAAGAUUAUCUGAACCAGUUGCUUUUAUAAAUUUUAGACCUAAUAUAGUUGUAAAAGGAUGUAAUAAAUCAUUUGAAGAAGAUACUUGGAAAGAGAUUAUUAUCGGCAAUGAUAAAGAGAAUAUCUUUUAUUUGGCUUGUAGGUCAACAAGAUGUACAGUACCAAAUGUGAAUCCCGAUACUGGAAUAAAGAAUAAAUUGGAACCAUUAAAAACCUUGAGUUCAUAUCGUAGAGUGGAUUUAGGAUCCAAAUAUCAUGCCUGUUUUGGUAUGAAUGAAUAUGAUUCAUAG